AUGCGAUGGUACUACUCUAUGUACGGCCAUGUGGAGAAAUUGGCUGAAGAAAUAAGGAAGGGAGCUGCUUCUGUUGAAGGCGUUGAAGCCAAACUAUGGCAGGUACCCGAGACGCUUCCAGAAGAAGCACUCUCCAAGAUGAGCGCACCACCAAAGAGCGAGUCCCCAAUCAUCACACCAAACGAGCUAACCGAAGCCGAUGGGUUCGUCUUUGGAUUCCCAACAAGGUUCGGUAUGAUGGCUGCUCAGUUCAAAGCCUUCUUGGACGCAACCGGUGGACUCUGGAGGACUCAGUCACUCGCCGGUAAACCGGCCGGUAUCUUCUACAGCACUGGCUCGCAAGGUGGUGGCCAAGAAACCACCGCAUUGACGGCGAUAACUCAGCUGGUGCACCACGGGAUGGUGUUUGUCCCGAUCGGUUACACAUUCGGUGCUGGAAUGUUCGAGAUGGAGAAAGUGAAAGGAGGAAGCCCGUAUGGAGCUGGAACAUUCGCCGGAGACGGUUCGAGGCAGCCAACAGAGCUUGAGCUAGCGCAAGCGUUUCACCAAGGCAAGUACAUUGCAACCAUCACCAAGAAGCUCAAGGGAUCUACUGCUUAAGAGCUUUUUAUAAAAAAAAAAGAUUACGGUAUCAGUAAGAAGAAGAAAGCAAAAAAGAAAGACCGGUUUGGUUCUGCAUUUUAUAUGAAAUUCAUAUAUAUUCUUUAUAUUUGAAUUUGGGGAGUUUUUUUUUUCGGGUUUAAACUACAAAUGAUAUGAUUUCACAGCAAUAAUUCUUGUCUUGGUUUUACGUAUAAUGAUUUGUACUUGUGUUUCACUCCAAACAAAAGAUGCGUCGUCAUUUUAUUAAAAUUGUAUUAUCUGGUUUAGUUAACCUUUGUUAGAGCUGUUUACUGAAUACAAAGUCAUUAAUAAAAAUAAAAUUGGAAACAAACACGUUCAAAUUUGGCUUUACAACUACA